ACAUUUUGCGGUUUUAGCGUCAAACAGAGCUAUCUUGGGGCACAAAUUAUAAAUACGAAAACAUUGUAAUUUUGCAUUUCUGGCACGAGCGAGACUGAUCUGGAGAAGUGAACGUCAACAACAAUGGGAGAGGCUGCGAUCCGUACCAUCGUCGAAGCGAUUCACUCAUCGCCGACGCAGGCCGUCGUGUAUCUCUCCGGCGGCGCCUCCCUGGCUCUAGGUUGGUUGAUGUCGGUUCCAGGAGCUUCGAACACUCUUCUCGAAGCCGUGGUUCCAUACUCGAGGAUAUCUAUGGUCCAAUUACUCGGCAGGGUUCCGAGCCAACACUGUAGCCAAUCAAUGGCGAACGAGAUGGCUUUGUUAGCAUAUAAUCGUGCGCUUAAGCUGUCUAAACCAGGAUAUUCGGUGAUUGGUGUGGGUUUUACAGGAUCAUUGGCAACUUCUCCUCCAAAGCGUGGCGAUCACAGAUUUUUCUUGUCUAUGAGAGCAUCCGACCGUAUCUGGGAAACUGGAGUCACUCUAACAAAGAACCUACGAAGCCGAGAGGAAGAAGAUAAGGUGGCAAGCCGUGUACUGAUCCAGGCUAUGGCCAAGGCAUGCCAAGUUUCUGAGACACUUGACUCUGGCUUGACCAAGUCUGAGGUGGCUGAUGAGUCGGAAACCCAGUUUAGUGAAGAACAAGAGCUAGAGCAGCUUAUAAAUGGACAAUUAAGCUGUAAGAUUUAUCCAUUUUCUAGGGAAGCAUACGGGUCAGAUAAAGAUAGAAAGAUUAUACUGCCUGGUUCGUUUAAUCCACUACAUGACGGUCAUCUCAAGCUGUUGGAAGUUGCUAUGAGUGUUUGUGGGGGCGGGUACCCAUGUUUUGAAAUAUCCGCAGUAAAUGCUGACAAACCACCGCUUUCAGUUGCACAGAUUAAAGAUCGUGUCAAGCAAUUUGAAGCAGUUGGAAAGACGGUAAUAGUUUCAAAUCAGCCAUACUUCUACAAGAAAGCUGAACUUUUUCCAGGAAGCAGUUUUGUAAUUGGCGCUGACACUGCAGCAAGGCUUGUUAAUCCAAAGUACUAUGAAGGAAGCAACAAAAGGAUGUUGGAGAUACUUGGUGAUUGCAAGCGAACAGGUUGUACUUUCCUUGUUGGUGGCCGCAAUGUAGAUGGUGUCUUUAAGGUUCUUGAAGAUAUUGAUAUUCCAGAGGAAAUAAGCGAGAUGUUCAUCUCAAUUCCAGAAGAAAAAUUCCGGAUGGAUAUAUCGUCUACAGAGUUAAGAAAAAACCAAGGGGGUGUUGAUAAGCGGAAACGUGAAAUUACUGAAGAAGAGGAGUAAAGAAGAAGUUGUCAACACUUUUAUGGAGUUAUAAUUGUUUCCAUGUUCCCUUAGUCGCUGAAAGAAGCUAGAGGAAGACAUCUGAAUAGAUCAUUAUAAGCCUUCUUCGUUUUCCUUUACUUAUGUGCUUUUACAAUUCCUGUAACUACAUAAACCGAUAACAACCUGGUAACAGCAUUAAAACAAAAUAAAAAGGAAAAGCUA